AUGGACCUUCACCGGCAUCUCAGGUCACCGGCGCUUUCGAUCUUGGUGCUGGCCACAUGUUUCAGUGCGUCGCAGGCUAGACACCACAAGGAAAUGGCCAACAACACCGAAUUCGUUUCAGUAAAUUAUGUGGUGCUGGACGAGCAACCCGACUUGGGGCCGUGGAGCGAUUGGUCAUUACCCAGCUCGUGUUCUCGCUCGUGCGGAGGCGGAGUCGCCUUCCAGAGCAGAAAUUGCAGGCACGGAUCUGCGUGUCAAGGGCCGGCAAAACGAUACUUCUCCUGCAACACGAUGCACUGUCCGCCGGGCUCGAAGGACUUCAGGUCGGAGCAGUGCUCCAAGUUCGACACCCAGGACUUUGGAGGCAAUUUAUAUGAGUGGAUUCCAUACACCAAAGGCGCUAAUGAUUGCGAGCUCAACUGCAUGCCCAGGGGAAAGCGUUUUAACGGAUUUACGACAAAAAUGGUGGACGGCACGAGGUGCAAUGAUGAGACGUUCGACGUGUGUGUUGAAGGCAGAUGCAUGCCCGUCGGCUGCGACUUUUUUCUCGGAUCUUCUCUGCGCGAGGACAAGUGCAGAGACUGUGGGGGCGACAACUCGGGCUGCAUCACCGUCACCGAGAUCAUUUCGUUUGAAACCGACUUAAGUGACGCUGAACCUGGCUACAACGACCUUCUUCUAAUACCCGCUGGAGCAACAAAUAUCUUUAUUAGGGAACUAAAGGACGCCAACAAUUAUCUUGCAAUUAGAAAUGGAAACAAUAGUUUCUACCUGAAUGGAAACUUUAAUAUCAACUAUCCCGAGGAUUUCCAUUUUGCUGGAACUGUUUUCCAUUAUGAGCGCCAGCCUAACAGCUUUUUGCUUGGUUCUGCAGUUAUUCGAGCAUUAGGACCAACGAAUGAGUCACUUUAUAUCGCAUUACUGUACCACGAAGACAGGAAGGGAGAAGGCAUUGAGUACGAGUAUAGUUUCUCCAAGGAAGAGCAGUCAGACGAUUCAGACCACUACUUUUGGGUUACGCACAAUUUCUCGGAGUGCAGCUCCCCGUGCGGAGGAGGUAGUCAAAACCGCACGCUGGGUUGCGCCAAGAAGAGCGACAACUCGGCCGUGAGCCUGCGACUGUGCAACCCGGUCAAACGACCCGCUACAACACAGAGGUGCAACGAGGAGACCUGCGAUCCCGAGUGGUUCGUCAGUCUCUGGAGCCAAUUCAGGCGGGUUUACUGCCUGCAGAAAAUUAGCAACAGGAUGACGGUGAUUGAGGAUGACGUGUGCGUCAAGAAGCAUGGCGAGAAACCAAUCGCUACUCAUCAGCCGUGCAAUGAAGAGCGAUAG